GUAGCGUGCAGUAAAUUACUACGUCAACAAAAUUAUUUCCGUGUUUGGUAUCAUAGUGGUGGAAUUUUGCGAAAGAAACCAAGAGAUGGAUCAGAGGGCUUGAAAUAUGUUCAAAUUGUACCGGAACCUAAAUGCAAAAUUGAAGAAGGGAAAGAAAAGAAUAAAAGUAUAGCAUUUGUGCAUUUCACAAUGUUACGAAUGCGAUUACCU